UAGUUAUUGUUUUAUUCCUUAAUUUCUUCUAUUUCACUUCAGACCAAAUGGCUGUUCUGUUAUAUUCAAAAACCAUUUUUCCAAUUAUUUUCCUCUUCUUGACAUUACCAUCAAUAUUGAAAGCAGAGCUUGAUGCUCACUAUUAUGACAAAACAUGUCCACAAGCUGAGAAGAUCAUUUCCGAGACAGUUCACAGUGCUUCCACAUUUGAUCCAAAAGUCCCUGCUCGGAUCUUGAGGAUGUUCUUCCAUGACUGUUUCAUAAGGGGUUGUGAUGCAUCAAUAUUGCUGGAUUCAACUGCUACAAACCUGGCAGAGAAAGAUGGCCCUCCUAAUCUCUCUGUUCAUUCAUUUUAUGUUGUUGAUGAAGCUAAGGCCAAGCUUGAGAAAGUUUGCCCACACACUGUUUCCUGUGCUGAUAUAAUCGCCAUUGCUGCUAGAGAUGUGGUAGCCUUGUCUGGAGGUCCAUCUUGGAAUGUGUUAAAGGGAAGGAAAGAUGGAAGGGUCUCAAAGGCAUCUGAAACUGUCAACUUACCAGCUCCAACCUUGAAUGUGAGUCAACUCAUUCAAAGCUUUGCAAAGAGAGGUUUAGGGGUUAAAGAUAUGGUGACUCUAUCUGGUGGCCACACACUUGGCUUUUCACAUUGUUCUUCUUUCCAAGCUCGCCUUCAUAACUUCAAUUUAUUGAAUGACAUUGACCCAAGUUUGAACACUGAGUUUGCAUUAGACUUAAGAAAGAAAUGUCCAAAACUAAACACAAACUUCAGUGCUGGACAGUUCUUGGAUUCAACAGCAGCGGUGUUUGACAAUGACUAUUACAGACAAUUGUUGGUGGGAAAAGGUUUAUUUUCAUCAGAUCAAUCACUUGUUGGUGAUCAUAGAACAAGAUGGAUUGUUGAAGCAUUUGCCAAAGAUCAGAAUUUGUUCUUCCAAGAGUUUGUGACUUCAAUGUUGAAACUUGGAAAUGUGGGAGUGUCUGAAAAUGGAGAAGUGAGACUUAAUUGCAAGAUUGUGAAUUGAGAUAGAGAAAGAUUGGUGACUUAUUAAAUAGCACCAAUUUUCCUUCUU